AUGGUAAAAAAAUACUCCUUUGAAGAUACUUACUCAGAUAUACCACCAACAGGUUUUGUUGACUUAUUUAAUACUUUAAGUACGGGUGUAACAUGUGCUGCAACUAGAGCAGGUUUCAUUAUGUUUGGAUGUCCGACUGAGUUUACUAUAAACGAUAUGAGCUAUAAUACAAAACUUAUUUCUGGUUUUUACUACCAACAGUUUCCUAUAACAGGAAAAGGUGUCAUACAAGGAAUGUCUAUUCCAUUGACAUUAAGCACACCAAUCUUAUAUAUUGUUUCAAACUUAGGUUCAAAGUGUUAUUCGAAUGUCGACAGAAACUAUUAUGACCAAAAGAUACUUAUGCGUAUAAACAAUACUUUCUCUGCUGGUUUGCCUAUUGUUCAUUCGAAUGCAGAAUUUUCAACCUUAGUGAACUCAAACACUUUGGCAAGUAUAACGUUGACAUUAGUUGACGCAAACUUUGUUCCUGUAAAACUUUUAUGUCCUAUGUAUUUGUCAAUGACGGCAGAAAGUUUCGAAUUGGAAGAUGCAACUGGUGAAAGUAUUGUAUUACAAGAACAACUUCAACAACAAAUAGCUCAAGAACAACAAAUGCAACAAAUGGAACAACAAAGUCAAGAAUAA